AUGAUGCUGCAGGCUCCAUGGCAGGAGCUAUCUUCAUGUCCAACACCCUCACAAGGGAGCAAUGCUUCCAAGCAGGCAUUUUCGGUCUACCCUUGGAGUAUCGAUCCUUUGUCAGCCAUGUCAGAAAAGGGAUGUCUUUGUUUCUCUUUGACCAUACUCUGCGCAAGCUUUACGGGGUCUUUGAGGCUGCCUCUGAUGGAGGCUUCAAUAUUAACAGUGCCGCAUUUCGGUCGAUUCACCGCUCAUAUCCUGCGCAGGUUCGCAUCAAUAUUAUUUGGAAGUGAAGAUGAGUUUUUUCCUGCUAUAGAAGACAACUACUAUCAGCCAAGGAAGUUCUACUUUGACCUUUCAUAUGAGCAGGUUGUUCGGCUUUAUGAACUGUUUGAUGACAAGAGGGUAGGACACCCUAUUCAUGACUAUCCACAAAAUGAGUGUUUGCAAACAAACUGCUCCAGCAAAGGGAUACCUGACAAAGAAAACUUGACUCCAGACCCUCCUCAUUCCAGUAAUCAAUUGCCCCUUUUGGUUCCCAACAUUUCAGAAGUCAUAAGAUGUUCUACUCCUACAAGAAUGCACACAGAUUUACCACUUAAUGUUGAGGCACACCGGGACAUGCCGAUGCCCUUAGGAGCUGAAAUUAGUGGAGCUCAAAUUGCUCCCACCUGCAGCUCCCAUCAUGACCAAAUAGAACCUUUUUCUCAAAGAGAGUUUUUCCCAGCUGCUUCAGUGACAGAUGCUGUUUCAACUCAAGUAUCUGCCCCUUGCUCUGAAACUACUAGGCACUACCAGUUGGUUGGGCAAUCACAUCCAUUACCACACAACUAUCCACAGAACAUGUUGCCUGCUGGAUUUACAGCCCAGGGCCCAAUUGAAGGAUCUAAAUUUGUUGCAAACCAAUCGUAUCCAUUAUGCCGUGGUCAUAUGCACAAUGGCUUUUUAAGUUCUGGAGGUGGAACUCAAAAUCCAACUUACAAAGGGAUGAAUCACUUGAAUUCAACUUUUCCUCCGUAUGACCGAUUAUAUCCUCGUUUGCCAGUGUUGAACCCACAAAGUAACUCUGACUAUCAGGGUCAAUGUGACAUCUGCUUCAACCAAGGCCGCCCUGAUACACAUAAUGGCAUACAUGCAUAUGAGCGUCAGUGUUUAAGUGAAGGAGAAGUGCUAACAAUGGAGGAACUGAACCAACAAGAUAUUCCCACAUGCCCACAAGUUAUUGGAUGUGAUGGGAAAACAGUAUCAGCAAUCCAUCAGCAGAAGAUGAGUUCUACUGAUUACAUUCAGAUCCCUGAUUGUGAUGAAGACUUUGAAAAUGAUCAGAUGAAACAUGGUACCCAUGGCAAUGCCUCAGAUUCAUCAGAUGUUGAAAAUGGUAUUGUUGAUCCACGAUAUACACAACAUACUGUAGGAGCUGAAAACGACACAAAGGAUCAGUGUAGCCUGCCAAUAAAAGGUGUAUUUUCUCGUUUAUCAGUGAGGAAGCAACUGACUUCACAAGAGGCCACUGGUCCCACGCUCAAGCAAUUGGUUUCUUCUCUUUCUCGGAAGACAGAACAGUGGAGCCACAAAAAUAGACCAAUUGAAGAUGGUCUUAUUAUUCCGUUGAUCGGGGAGCAAGCUGUGGACUGUUCUCAUGCAUCGCUGAACCAGCUGAGUCAACUAGAUCUGGAAGAAGACGUAAGCAUAGAGCCACAACUUCCCUUGUUGAACUUCAAGAGACGCAGUGAAGCAGGGAAGGCGUAUGCAAAUUUAGGAAAGGAGAUCAGUGGGAAAGGGAAGAGAAGAAAGCUUGUGCGUCCUUCCUUUGAAGAAAACAAUGCUUCUUCAAAUGUUGGAGAACAGCUUAAAGGAAAUUGCACACAGGACAGGAAUCAAAACCAUCAGGGAAGUGAAAAGCAUUUUGACAUUGACCUAAACAUACCUGCAGCACCAAUAGACAACAAUCCAGUGGAGGUUAACAGAAUUGCAGUGUGUCCUAGUGUUAUUAUCAAGGUACAAACAGAGAAACCGUAUGAAAUAGAUACAAACAAGGCAAAUUCCUCAAAUGUGAUGGAGACGACUGAAGAACAUGAUCCAUCCAGUGCACCUGCACAAAAGGUUAACACUGAUUUUGACAUCGCAGACUUGAACACAAUGGAUGAAUCGAAACUUCGUACAAUCCUAGAUCAUACAUCAUCAUUGUUGCAAGCACUUGCUAAGCUAAAAAAUGGGAAGUCCGACAACUGUGAACAGGCUACGUCAAGCAUCUGCCUUGAAGAUAAGAAAGUAAACAUGCCAUUGAACUCUGAUGGGGGCACCAAACCUGAGGGCAAUUAG